AACAGUGCGCACAAGUGUAACACAUGUUAGGAGGGAAACAUGAUUUACAGAAAGUUUUCUUAAACAGGUGUCAGCACACACUGUGUACAUCACGGAUGACUCAAACGUGGCCAUGUUCCCCGGAGGAGCCUCUGGUGUUUUCAGCGCGUUAGACCUGACACCCAGAGGUCACUAUGAGGUCCACGGAGAAGAUAUGGAAUCAAUGCCAGCAGCAGGUUCCAGCGGUCAGCGUUUCGCAUUUAUGCGAGCAUCGGCUGUGGCGGCGGCUGCCGCUUCACAUUCACAACGUGCUACAUCAAGUCCCCCUGUGACCUCCAAAACAUUUCAGAGAUCAGUGUACCUUGCAGAGGUGGUUGGUGGGAGGUUGAUUCCCAACAGAAUGGUGGUUGUACGAUUCUUAGAGUGUGAGGCUACACUUCAGGGGGUAGUAGGAAAAGUUCAAGAUGCCAUUGGCAAUUACAACCCCAUAAUUUUGACAGAUGCACAGGGCAAUGCAAUUCUGGAGUCAGAAGGCACAACAGGGUCACAGUACUGGAAACAAAAUGCACGAAAAGUUCUUGCUCUACCUGAACAAGACUUUAAUAGCCUCCAGGGAACAAAGAGGAGGAGACUGAGCAACCGUAAAGAUGAUGACAGUGCCGGUUUGGGAGAAGUCAGUGACAAAAUAGAAGAGUUGGUGAUGGCAUCUCAAAGUCUACCAGCUGUUACAGCAGCAAUCAGAGAGCUCACUGAUCUUGCAGUUACUCAGAGAGUCAUACUCACUGCUCCCAAACUGCAGACCAUCAAGGAGGGAUUUAGCUGUGUGGUUUGUAUGAACAUCAUUGAGGAACCAGUGCUGUCACGGUGCUGCAGAAGCAUUAUUGGCUGCAAGACAUGUGUGGAGCAGUGGCUAGAGACAUCUCCGCAUUGUGCAAAAUGCAGGGAGGCCAACAACGGUGUUAUAGAAGUUACUGGUCUAACAGCUGCAUUUUCUGUGUUAAAAUCAUUUUUUACAGAUCAGUAAUGUGGUGUAUACACACACACACAAAGGUUUACAUUUAUAGUUGAUUGUUCCUGUAUUCAGUUUUCAGAUGCAGCAGUUCAUACAUUUCCCCGAGUUACAUUUAUGAGAAAGAGCAGAGCUUCUUUGUAUGGUGUAAAGUCACAGUUUACGGCUCUAAAAAACAAAUGUGAAAUGUCAGGAUAUUUUUCUGCAAAAUUACUCUCCGUUCUUAGUUUGUCCUGUUCUGUUGUGAAGGGAUCAACUCCAAAAGUUGAAUAUUCUUUGAGGGCAGAUCCCAAGUGCUGCCUGUAAAGGUCUGCAGCUUCAAGUGCAUGUGGUAAGAGCUCUGGAGAAAUCCUUCUUUUACACCCAGGUUCCGCAAAGUGAUUUGGUAUGCCUUUACCUGUCAAAAUAAGAGCAGGUGUUUAAACGUGGUCAUUAUCAGGAUUGUAAUCAUUCUCACACUUUUUUUACCUGGGAUUCUAUGAGCAUUCCAUGAUUCUGCCACACUUGCAAGACCAAUGUGGCACAGCUGGCAGGUCAGGUUGGACACACAGUAACGCACAAGGUUGUCCUCCAUAUCUAUCUCCUCUUGGUCCAUCAGCUGGAGUAGGGCAGUUUUCAGUGGAUAGUUGACACGGUUGUUGAUCUCAGGCCAAAGCCUUUCAACUGUGUGGUUCUGAGUUAGCAGAAACAUCUCUUAAAUAUGUUUUGCAAGUAUGUAAAUAGAAGUGUAAGAAUUUCAGCUUUUAUUAAUGGUA